AUGCGGCGGGUGCUCGCAGCCGGCUUCGCCUUCUGGUCUGCCGCCACAGCUCUGCCCAGUCCGGUUGACAGCCCAGCCAAUAUCGACUCCAAUACGAAUACCAAUACCGAGCCCAAGCCCGAUCCUACACUCACCGAUCCCCUCUGGCUGAAUUACGGCCUUAAUGCCUCUGCAGAAUACAAAUAUUUCCAUGAACCGGGCCGAGACGAUAUUCUUGGCCAUUAUGACUCGCGCUUCUUCAAGGAGCCCGUGGGUGACUCCGAACGCGCCGAGACCCUCACCCAUAUGAUUCGCGCCUACCUCAAUUUUUUCAAUGAGAACAAACUCGAGACAUGGAUUGCGCACGGAACGUUACUUGGCUGGUGGUGGAAUGGAAAGAUUCUCCCUUGGGAUUGGGAUAUGGAUACUCAAGUCCCGGAUACAACUCUCGCCUACCUCGGAGACCAUUUCAACCAAACUAUUGUCGCGUACACCGUCCCCGAAAGUCCCAUCAUCCGCGAAUAUCUCCUCGACAUUAAUCCCUGGUCGCGCCAGCGCGAGCGCGGGAAGGGUCUCAACAUUAUUGAUGCACGCUGGAUCGACAUUCAUACUGGCCUAUAUAUCGACAUUACCGGUCUCAGCAGGUUAGAGCUGGAGCAUCACCCAGAUAUCUGGCAGUGUAAAAACUUCCACAAAUACCGCCUAAUCGAUCUGUAUCCGAUGCGCCAUACGUUCUUUGAGGGUGUUCCUGCCAAGGUCCCGUUUGCAUAUGAUCAGGUGCUGAGGGAGGAGUACUCUGAAAAGGCGAUGAUUACGACUGAAUUUCACAAUCAUACUUGGUUCCCAGAGUUAAGCGAGUGGGUGUUGGACAAGAAUGUGGCCGACUUGACCGUCAAGUUGUCGGUGGAUUACGAGUGA